UUCUCUCUCAAAUACUUAGGCAACCUGCUCUCACCUCCUCGUGACCCAGAUAUCACCAUCAGCAGAAGCCUCUCUCCUCAGAGAGUCAUGCAUUUCAUGCCCAAGGUCCCAGGCGGUUGAGGUUCUUGGCAAGUGAUAUGUGAGUCCUGUGGGUCAUAGAAAGCUUUCCGCCCUCAUCGUCACCAAAGGCCUUCGAGACCAAAGACCAUUCCUCCUUCGCUCAGACCUCACUGCCCAGGUUCCCUUCAACUGGAAUGUCCUCCGGCACAGCCCAGAUGAUGUUGCUCAUCUUUAUCGCGGUCCAUCCAGAAUCCUGUGCUCUCUGGGUGUCCCAGCCCCCUGAGAUUCGUACCCAGGAAGGUGCCGCUGUCCUCCUGCCCUGCUCCUUCAAUGCCAGCCAAGGGAGACUGGCCAUUGGCUCCGUCACGUGGUACCGGGAUAAGGUGGCCCCAGAGAAGGAGGUGAGGAACAGGACUCCAGAGUUCAGGGGCCGCCUGGCCCCUCUUGCCUCUUCCCGCUUCCUCUGUGACCACCAGGCUGAGCUGCAGAUUUGGGACACCCGAGGCAGUGACGCUGGAAUCUAUGUGUGCAGUGUGGAGGUGCUGGGCCUGGGUGUCGGGACAGGGAAUGGGACCCUGCUGGUGGUGGAGAAAGGACCUCCUCAGCUAGGGGCCCUCACAGUCCUCCUCCUUCGGGCUGGAUUCUACGCCUUCAGCUUUCUCUCCGUGGCCAUGGGCAGCACCAUCUAUUACCAAGGCAAAUCAAUGCAGGUGUAGUUGGUGCUGGGGUCCCCCAUGGAGCCUUCCCUUUCUGGAUCGCCAAAGUCAGGUCGCUUGCAGUAGGGCAGCCUCCACAGAGACGCAUGGUGGAGUUCCUGCUCCUAGAGGCCAGUGCUGAAGCUGACAGGAGGGAGGUGACAGGAGAGGCCUCCCUCAGCGGAGCCUGACCUAAGCAACUGAGACAGCUGCUGGCAUCCUUCUGGAAACCUGUUGAAUCCUCACUGUCCUCCCCUCUCCUUCGAGCUUUUUCCAGAGGGAAGGCCCAUAAAUCUUCCUGACUUUCUGCCACCGAAUCAGCCAUCACUGAUCAGAGGACAUCGUCUUGCAAACACCUAUGCCCUGGACACCUGGGGCAGAUCAGCAGGGUGACCCACCCUCCUCGGAGGUUGGCUAUGCACCCUUAAAAAUCCUGCUGCCCUUUCCCUUGCUGCUGCAGACUGCUCGGACUCGGCCUGCCUGAUCUCAGUGUCUCGGCCUUGAAUGAAAACCCUUAAUUGGACCUUUUUAUCUCCUGGUCCUUUCUUAGCCACCAUGGUGACCUAAAAAUAUCCAGCACCACCUGGCCCCUGAGGGACUCAGGGGUCCUCUCCUUCAGCCCCAGAGGGACUCAGCAGAGCUUGGAGAGCUGUUUCUCUUGGGCAGAUUCUGUGGGGCUGAAGUGGGCCAUGGAGGAGUGGCUGGGGCCCCAUAACUUCCCUUCAGGCACUUCCUGCCUACAACCACUGGUUCCUGUUUGAAGGCAAAGAGGCGGCCUCUGACUUUACCCCAGAGCCAGAUGCACUGACCAGAGUCUGAAAACUGAGACCCUCCUGGACUCCUCAGACUGUAAAGAAGCCUGUAAUCCCUCUCAGAUCCUGCCAUCCUCUUGACUCUGCAAGGAGUCAGUGACUGCAUACAUCCUCCAGGUGCCUUCCCUGAUUAACUCUCUCCCAGUUACUUCUCGAACUGCAUCCACUGAGAGCUCAUGAUCUCAGUGUAUGUGUGUGGACACACCCUAGCUCCCACAGCAGACUGGGAGCUCUGGUGCUUUUGAGGUGACUCACCUUCUCCUGUUCCGGGCUCUAUCUAGCAGGGUGCUUGGCUGACGGAUUUACAAACGGGAAAGUCUAGGCAGCCAGACUAGAUCUACAGAAGCGCUGCUGUUAGAUCUAGGAGAGAAAGUUGAUGACAAAUUGAUGUUUUGAAAAAAGGGAUGGGUAAUCCAGGUGGACUUUUGCUAGAGGCAGCAUUCUGAUAUUAAGCACAAAAAUAAGUAAGGGCAGUAGUCUGAGGCCCUCUGGACAGGGUCGUGGCUGAAGCCUUCUUAGUGGCACUGUGAUGGUCAGGGAGAUGUGUGCUGGAGGGCUGCACACCCGUCCCUGAGGAGGGUGGACUGGGGAACUCAGGGAGGCAAGGGGUCGGGAGGAGAUCUGGUGCCUGGGUCUGUAAGCAUUUGCAUUUUCUUCUCCAAAUUCAGAAACUUUUUGCUAUUUCCUCUCACUCCCCCUUCAUAUUGUUUUUUUCUCUCUUGCAGGACAGUAGGAUAAUAUUCAGUUUGGGGAAGUUUUAUACAUUUAUUAUUAAAAAGUUUAAACACAGAAAAAAUGGAAAGAAUUGUACAGUGAACGUAUCCCUACCAUCUAGAUUCUACAAUUAAACAUUUUUCUACAUUUGCUAUAUCACUUAUCUAUCAAUCCAUCUGAUUUUUUGAUACCUUCUGAAGUUGCAAACAUCAGCACAUUUCAUCUCUAAACCCUUUGCCAUGUUUAGCAUUGACUGAGUUCAUUAUUUGUUUCUCUGUUUCUCUUUUGGAGAGCUGAAGAAAGCAAAAUUUACAUGUAGUGAAAUGCACAAAUCUGAAUUCACUUAGCUUUUAAACUUUUUUUUUUUAAGAUUUUAUUUAUUUAUUU